CCCCAACCCCACCUAGUCUCCAUCCACGCCGCCGCGAGCUGCGGCCCGACGAAUCCGCCUCCGGAUCACGAUGUCUUCUGGAGGUGAGAUCGAUGGAGAUGUAGGAGUUGAAGAGACACAUGGCAGAGACAUUAGACGCUACAAGUGUGAAUUUUGCACUGUUGUUAGGUCCAAGCAAUAUCUCAUCCGAGCUCACAUGGUUGCUGAGCACAAGGAUGAGCUGGAGAUAUCAGAAAUCUACAACUCAAAUGGUGAAAAAAUUGUUCAUGUAGUUAAGCAGAUCUGUAAAGAGUGCGGAGCUUGUUUCCGGAAGCCAGCUCAUCUGAAGCAGCAUAUGCAAAGUCAUUCCAAAAAGAGAUCCUUCGUCUGCCCACUCGAAGACUGCCCCUUCAGCUAUAUAAGAAAAGAUCACUUGAACCGGCAUAUGCUUAAGCAUCAGGGGAAGUUGUUUACAUGCCCCCUGGAAGGUUGUGGAAAGAGGUUCAAGUUCAAGGCAAAUGUGCAAAGACAUGUCAAGGAAAUGCAUGAGCAGGAGGAUCAAAAUGUCACUAAAAGUACCCAGCAGUGUGUUUGCGAGGAGGAGGGCUGUAACAAGGUUUUCAAGUAUGCUUCGCGGCUGAAAAAACAUGAGGAGUCACAUGCCAAAUUGGACUAUGUGGAAGUAGUCUGCUGUGAACCUGGCUGCCUGAAGACAUUCACAAAUGUUGAGUGCCUGAAGGCUCACAGCCAGUCCUGCCAUCGAUUUGUUCAAUGCGAUAUCUGUGGUGGGAAACACCUGAAGAAGAACAUUAAAAGGCAUCUAAGAGCCCAUGCUGAAGGCCUCUCUACUGAAAGGAUAAACUGCAGUAUUGAGGGCUGUGAAAGCACCUUUUCCAACAAAUCAAAUUUAACCAAGCAUAUGAAGGCAUGCCAUGAUCAAGUGAUAACUUUCUCGUGUCGAGUUGGGAGGUGUGGCAAGGUGUUCACCUACAAGCAUGUUAGGGACAGGCACGAGAAAUCCAGCGCCCAUGUAUAUGUAGAGGGUGACUUUGCGGAGAUGGCCGAGCGGAUGCACUCGCGUCCAAGAGGUGGACGGAAGAGGCAAGCUGUGACAGUGGAGUCUUUGAGUCGCAAGAGGGUGACCAUUCCUGGUAUGGCCUCAUCUCUGGAGGACGGUGCAGAGUAUAUGCGCUGGUUGAACCACUCUCAAUAGCCUUGCUAUUGUCCUGCAAUCAUUUGGAGGUUGUCAUGUAUAGGUGUGCUACUUGUACUACGUCAAGUUGGUGUGGUCGUGAAGCUCGUGUUUAUAUAUAUGGAACACAGUUCUAAUUGUAGUGUAGCAGUGCGGCAGUUGUAUUUUAUAGGAUGCUUGUCACUAGUAGUUUGGAGUAGUAGCAGUUUUGGGCAUUUUGAGUUCGUAACCGUCUUAAUGUUGUAUGUUGUAAUUAGACGGCUGUUAUUGAAAUGGAAACCAUGUUCUUGUCUA